GAAAUGUAACUUUUACAGCAAUUGAAUACACCACGGUUUUGCAGACCGCCGCAUUUGGCCAGGUACGCCACCAAAGUCCAGGAGAAUGUAUGCAGAAUUUCUGACAAAAGUCGUCAAUUUCAUCAACUUUAUUGGUGUCCUACUGAUUUUAGCGACAAUUUCGCGACAAAACAUUGCAGAUGAACACCAUCUUCACGACAGUAACAGGACGUGUAUUCCUGCCGAAGCCGAGCCAAUGCUCAACUCAAGUGGAUGUUAUCCUUUGGUGAAUUUCACCAGGCCUUUCUGUCAGAAUCACGGAGUCACAUUGUCAGACUACAUAUACAAAACGCCGGAUCAGCAAAGCUAUAGCAAUAAUGAGUACAACAGAGUGUACGACCGAUAUGUCAAGCUUGGCGCGCCUAAAAUAAGCAGAUUUUUUAAUUUGGACAACGACACGGUGAUAAACCUUACAGAAAUGCCGGUGACUCCCCAGAAUGCUGGUAUAUUGAACUUGAAGAUUCUCCAGGUAAUAUGAGAAUGAGACAAUAAACACAA